AUGGUAUACAACUUUAUGGACAUUAGACAAAUAUCUUCUAAAAAAUCAAUACCAAUUAGAAUAUUCAUAAAUAGGAAAUCUAUAAUAAAACAAUCAACAUUAUUUGAAGCUGCAAUAUCAUCAGCAAAUACAACAAAUCAUAGAGCAUUAGUAAGGCUGAAAACUACACAAAGGUUAUUGAUAUCGAAUAAACAAUUAAGAGAAUUCAUACAAGUUAUUAAAGAUGAAUUAAUUAAAAUUUUAUUUGAAUUAUCAAUAGAAAAUCUUUUAAUGAUUAAUAGUUCCAUAGGGAAUGGAUCAAAAGAAAAUUUAAAAAUAAAAGUUGAAAUUGAAGGUUGGAGUUGUAAUGUUAUGAUUACUGUUAAAAGAAUAAUGUCAUUAAGAGAAGGAAAUCUUAAUUUUAAUGGAACUGAAUUAUUAAUAAGACAACCAAAGAAGCAAUCAAAAUCAAAGACUCCAGAUAAUCAAGGAACAGAAGAACAAAUUCCUGGAUUAUUAAUUGAAGAAGAUGAAGAUGGUCUCAUGAGUAUACCUAAAGAAGGUGAAAUUGUUGAACCAUUAGCUACAAAUAAUGAAAGUGAACAUGAUGAAGAUAAGAAACAAAAUUUAAAAUAUGAUUAUAAACAAUGUGGAGUAAUGGGUAAAGGUAUAAAUAUUGAAUUAUUACAAAUCCCAAGGAGGAUUUAA